UUCGCAUGUGUAAGACAACGGAAAGCUACUGUGGUUUAGCUUGUUUUUGAGAAUUGCAAAGAGAACCCAUUCUAGGCAUCCAACGUUCCCUCCUUGCAUCACAACCAUGGAGCCCCGUCCUCCCGACCAAGACGUUCGCCAAUUCAAUGAACCGCGACACCAGCAACCACCCGAAACCAUCUCGGACAGCAGCGCGCGACUGGUCGAUUCUUUAAAUCAACUAUCUAUCAACUGCGAUGGACAGCCGACGUCGCCCGCCUCAGCAUUCCAACCCCGAUCCCCUCGACGUGACCAAAACGGCGCCUCUCGCUCCCCUUCUACCACGAGAAUGCCCCCUAGCCCUCUACGCCGUAUGUCGAGCAACUUGACCAGCGACCGGAGCCGCAACCAGGAAUUAUCCAGGCGAGCGUCCUCGUCGUCGUUGCGCGCACAUGAUCCGUCGUUGACUCCGCGAAAGUCCCUGUCGAGAAGAUCGUCAAUCAAUCCACUUCCUUCUCCGACUAUGGACCGGCGCUUCCCCCUGCCUCCGAUGGAAGAGGCGACACCACUCACCGCGGCCUCGGUGGCUGCGGGACACUUUCAGAGGGAGCUGGCGCUUCAUGGGGAGGGGCAAGAAGGAAAGACGGUGGUGAUUCUGCACGACGAUUGUUAUGGACACCGAUUUUCGCGACCAAAGACGAGCAAGGCGAGCCUGUCGAUGAUCGUGGAGCGUCCGGAGCGGAUACAUGCCGGUAUACUAGGGAUCACAACUGCGUAUGUCAGGCUGGGCGAACGACAUGCAGGAGGGCUCCACGCUCCCCAUCCCGCCCGAUCUCCAUCAUCGAACCUCCCCUUCCGAAUCCACAAGACGGCCAGAGCUCUCCCUCUAAAUUCCCCCUCGGUGGUCGCAGUCCACGGCGCCAAAUGGAUGGACGAAUUGAAGACCAUGUGUGGCGACGCGGGCCAGAAACUCGUGUCAACCGGGAAGGAGCUGAGCAGGACGGCGAGCUUGCCUGGGCAGCCUACCAAAGAGAAGUUUCACGAAGGCGAUUUAUAUCUCUGCUCGGAAUCCCUCAACGCUUUCCAAGGGGCGCUCGGUGGCGUCUGUGAUGGUAUCGACGCGGUUUUCGCUUCCACGAAGGGGGGUAAAGGGGCUUCAAAUGCCUUCGUAUGUGUCCGACCACCGGGCCAUCACUGUUCGGCAGACUACCCAUCCGGCUUCUGUUGGCUCAACAAUGUCCAUGUGGGGAUCCAGUAUGCGGCACAAACGCACGGACUGACCCACGCGGCGAUCAUCGAUUUCGACCUACACCACGGCGAUGGCUCUCAGGCGGUCACUUGGAAUCACAACGCGAAGACGCUAAGGCUCCCGAAGAACACGCCGAAUGCGAAGAAGAACACCAUCGGAUACUUUAGCUUGCACGACAUCAAUUCCUACCCAUGCGAAUACGGCGACCAGGAGAAGGUGCAGAAUGCGAGUCUGUGUAUUGAGAAUGCGCAUAACCAGAAUAUAUGGAACGUGCAUUUGCAGCCUUGGAAGACCGAGAGGGACUUCUGGGACUUGUAUGAAAGUCGCUACCUCGUCCUGAUUGAGAAGGCUCGGGCGUUCCUCCGCGCGCACACGACGAAAUUGAACACGGAGAAGAACCAACCGAAGCCGCUCGGAGCGAUCUUCUUGUCUGCCGGGUUUGAUGCGAGUGAGUGGGAAAGCGAGGGAAUGCAGAGGCACAAGGUCAACGUACCGACCGAGUUCUACGCUCGAUUUACCCGCGAUGUCGUCCAGAUGUCGAAAGAAGAGGGACUUGGUGUUGAUGGGCGAGUUAUCAGUGUACUGGAAGGAGGAUACAGUGAUCGGGCGCUCACUAGCGGCGUUCUGAGCCAUCUCAGCGGACUUUGUGACAAUGACACGCCGAUAUUUAAGCAAGAGGAGACGGAGAAUGGUCUUGGUUUCGAGAUGGGCAGGCGCAUGGGUAUGUUGAACAUGUCGGACGGUCACGAGCUACCGACUCCGGCUCCAGUGCCUGUAUACGACAGUGCUUGGUGGCAUCCGUCCGCGCUCACCACGCUCGAGACUCUUGUCUACCCAGCACCACCAGCGCCAUCCAAGAAACCGAAAUCCGGCCCGCACCCAACCUACCAGACCCCCACGCAGUCUUUCACCGCCAAGGUCAUCGACCCUGAGCGCGUCCGACGAAGUGCGUCCAGCACCUACCGACCAAUGUCCGCUAGCCCGUCCCGCCCACCAUCUCCACCUCCACCGGAAGUAGACUGGGCAACCGCCGCUCACGAACUUUGCAAGCUGCUCGUCCCCACUGAUCGCCAGACCAAGAGCUGCCAACCUGAAGAGCUCGCCGAAGUGCGUGUAAAGAAAGAGCGGCAUUCGACGACUAGCCUCCCAGCUGACACUGCUCCGCCGACCCGUCAACUUCGCGAGCGACGGACCAGAGCGCCGAAGUAUGUAGAACCUCUCUCGGAUGACGAGACUGCCUCCGUGCGCUCAGUAUCGCGGACAGACAGGCGCAAGACGAUGGGUGACUUCCCGCUUCCCACCGACGAGGUCCCCGCACCGGCCGCCACGAGGAGUUCGAGACGACUCAGCACCGCGUCGACGAUGAGCUCGACCAGCACGGUGGCACCAUCCGUAGCCAGCACGGCCACUCGACCAGUCAAGCCUCCGCCUGCAAAUCUACAAGUCAAGAAAACCCGUGUUGCCUCGGGUACGAAGCCGGAUGCUACCAAGUCAAGAAAUCCCUCCGCGCCCCCCGUUCCUCGAGUACCAUCUGGCUACGCCCCAUCCACCAAAUCCGCAACCCAGGCAGCAUCACAAAACAAAUCCACCACCGCCUCGUCAACCGACGCAGACGUCGACGCCCUGACUACCGGCGUCCAACGCAUCCGCAUCAAGAUGCCCACGCCAGAGGAAUACGCGGUGCGGGAACAGCAGAAGGUGAAAGAAGCCGCGGAGAAGAAACGAACGACCACCAAACCUGCGCCUCGCAAACCCGCUGCGCCGCGGACGACGAAGGUUGGUCCGGUGACGAAGCGUGGCGCGGCUACGAAGGAAGCGAAGCCUGCAGCGGUUGGAAAUACCUCCGCUGGUGUGCCUCGACCAGCGAUUCCAGAAAGCCAGGUACCCCCUGUUCCUACUCCUAUUGCUGCUCCUGCGCAGGCUUCGGCUUUGCAUCCCCCCGCAGUCGCUCAGCUAGUGAAGCAAUUUAAUCCCGGUCCCGCCGAGUCCGUCCCUCCUCACGUCGGCUCCGCGGAGCUUAGCGCCCAGUCCGUCAUCUCGCGCAGUAACGGCGCGCAAGUUGCCCGCGCAUCGCACAUCACGCCUCCUGCUGCUCAACCAUCCCCUCCCGCCUCCAUCUAUCCGUCCUCCCUCAUCCCCGAGACCCACGCCGGGUCGCCACCUGCGUCCGUGCACAAUGGACAGCCUGCAGUCGCCACAAUACCCGAACAACGACCUGGUACUAGUCCACCGGCAUUUGAGUUCCAUAACUCGUUCCCCCCCUCGUCAACGCCCACGAAUAGCGUGACGUCUCCGAAGGGAGAUGAUGCGGGGUCGCCUAGAGGAGGUCCACCGCGGUUUCCGAUGGGGUUGCAGUGGCAGCCGGUAAAUGGGGAUAUCGGAGCGGCAAAGAGUCGGGAUAGCGAGGGGAAGGGAAGCGAGUAGUGGGAUGCGAACGACCGGAACCCAUGGUGUGGAGGUGACGGGGUUGUAAUGGAGGAGGACAUGAUCACUGCAUAACGCUUGUCGCUAGGGGCUAAUGUUUGCGAGUUUCUGUGUUUCAUUUGUACGAUUUCCUUGGCUCGAACAUGGAUCGGUUAUAUGGAUGGAAUGGUGCGAACGUGGGAGCGGACCAUUGGGAUUUUACCUCUGGUGUUAUACCCAAUCUGAUGUUGAGGUUGCUCUGUUUCGUUAUUGGUGUCAACAGGUCUGAAAGUGUGAUACCCCUGAAGCUCAAUGUAAUCUAUACUUCUAUUCAAACUACAGCCUGGAGUGAUUCCAAUUCUAAUUGAACGAGU